GUGAACCAGACUCAGACUCGGGAUCCUGUUGUUGUUGUUUAGUCCCUGAACCCAAGUGGAACAUUAGGAACAGGAAUGAAGCCUGCCUGAGAUCUCCAGACCUUCUGUGUUAAGGUGUGUUCCGGCCCCGGGCCCUCUCCGUGAAUGUCUGUCACCAUGGCCAAGCGUGAGACCGGCAGCGCGAGUCCAGUGGUGCGACAAAUAGACAAACAAUUCCUCGUCUGUAGCAUCUGCCUCGAUCACUACCACAACCCCAAAGUUCUGCCCUGUCUACACACCUUCUGUGAAAGGUGUUUACAGAACUAUAUCCCACCUGAGUCGCUGACCCUGUCGUGUCCGGUGUGCCGACAGACCUCGAUCCUGCCUGAGAAAGGCGUGGCGGCGCUGCAGAACAACUUCUUCAUCACCAAUCUCAUGGAGGUGCUACAGAGGGACCCGGAGUGUUCCCGGCCCGAGGCCUGCAACAUGCUGGAGUCGGUGAGCGCCGCGGCUGCUGGGAAACCUCUUUCCUGCCCCAAUCACGAGGGAAAGGUGAUGGAGUUUUACUGCGAGUCGUGUGAAACAGCCAUGUGUCUGGACUGUACCGAGGGGGAACACAGAGAACAUGUCACGGUUCCACUGAGGGACGUUCUGGAGCAGCACAAAGCAGCACUACAGAAUCAGUUGGACACCAUUCGGAACAGGCUACCUCAGCUCACAGCAGCUAUUGAGCUGGUGAACGAGAUCUCCAGGCAGCUGAUGGAGAGGAAGAAUGAAGCCGUGAACGAGAUCAGCUGCACGUUUGAGGAACUGGAGCGAGCGCUGCACCAACGCAAAGCGGCCCUGAUCUCAGACCUGGAGAACAUCUGCAGCUCCAAACAGAAGGUCCUGCAGUCCCAGUUGUCGUCUUUGCAGCAGGCCAAGGAGCACAUCGAAAGCAGUUGCAGCUUCACCGAGCAGGCUCUGAACCACGGCGGUGCUGCCGAGGUGCUCCUCGUCCAGAAGCAGUUAGGGGAGCGCGCGGGCGCUCUGGCGGGCCACGCCUUCCCAGAACGGCCGCACGAGAACGGGCACCUGCAGUGCCGCCUGGAAACCGAAGGCCUGCGUCGCUCCAUCCAGAACCUUGGUGUAUUUAUCACGACCAGCGCCGUGGGACACACCAGCGUGGCCACAGGAGAAGGUCUGAGACACGCGGUCAUCGGCCAGCACAGCACCGUCACCGUCACCACCAAGGAUAAGGACGGAGAGCUGGUGCGAUCCGGUAACGCUCUUCUCAAGGCUGAAAUCACGGGACCGGAAGGAGCCCGCGCGGCCGAGGUGGACGUAGUGGACAAUAAAAACGGGACGUACGAAGUGGGAUACACGCUCAGGAGCGAGGGAGAGUAUUCCUUCGCGCUGAUGCUGUACGGGCAGCCUGUGAGAGGAAGUCCGUUCAGACUGCGCGCGGUGAAGCCCAGCGACGUUCCCCAGUCCCCUGAAGACGUGAAGAGGAGGGUGAAGUCGCCCAGCGGCAGCGGCGGACACAUCAGACAGAAGGCUGUGCGGCGACCGUCCAGCAUGUACAGCAACACCAAGAAGAAGGAGAAUCCCAUCGAGGACGAGCUCAUCUACAGAGUAGGGACGAGAGGGAGAGAGAAGGGCGAGUUCACUAACCUUCAGGGAAUCUCCACGACCAGCUCCGGCAGAGUCGUGGUGGCGGACAGCAACAACCAGUGUAUACAGGUGUUCACGAAUGACGGACAGUUCAAGAUGAGGUUCGGAGUGCGAGGUCGAUCACCCGGUCAGCUGCAGCGACCGACGGGAGUGACCGUCGACAUGAACGGAGACAUCAUCGUCGCCGAUUAUGAUAAUCGAUGGAUUAGCAUCUUUUCAUCAGAAGGGAAGUUUAAGAAUAAGAUCGGCGCCGGGAGGCUGAUGGGCCCCAAGGGCGUGGCGGUUGACCGUAACGGCCACAUCAUCGCCGUGGAUAACAAGGCCUGCUGCGUCUUCAUCUUCCAGUCCAACGGGAAACUGGUCACCAAGUUCGGGGCCAGGGGUUCGCUGGAUAGACAGUUUGCAGAUUCCAGUGUGAGGACAGAUGCAAGAGAUAAAAGAGCGAGGAGCCUUUCCAGAUCUUUCAGGACGACAGAAAAAACUGGUUCAAACUUUGCACAGGAGUCUAAGCUUAGUAAAUCUGGCUGUGGGUUCAGUCCGCACUUUGUGGCCGUCAACAACAAGAACGAAAUCGUAGUGACUGAUUUUCACAACCACUCUGUGAAGGUGUUUAACGCUGACGGUGAAUUCCUCUACAAAUUCGGCUCCCACGGUGAAGGAAACGGCCAGUUUAACGCUCCUACUGGAGUGGCUGUGGACGGAAACGGGAACAUUAUCGUAGCCGACUGGGGGAACAGCAGGAUACAGGUGUUUGACAGCUCAGGAUCCUUCCUGUCCUACAUCAACACGAGUGCGGAUCCGCUGUACGGUCCACAGGGCUUGGCGCUGACCUCUGAAGGUCACGUGGUCGUCGCCGAUUCGGGUAACCACUGCUUUAAGGUGUACCGUUACCUGCAGUAGUGCCGCUCGUCCUCUCCCGCUUCCCCUCUCCGAGUCCUGCUGUUCCUGUCUCAAACCCUCGACCAGCACCGGAGAUUUUCCUCUAAUAGUGUGCUGAUGCAGCAAUCCAAAAAAAACCCUACGAAGACCUUAUGAUUGUUCAGCGUGAGGAGGAGAGAGUGGUAUCAAUAAGCACACGUUUUAUUCUAUUUAUUAAUCUAGUUUGAUAAAUAAUUAAUAAUAAUGCUAUUGAAAUGAUGUUGUGUAUUUCGGUGCACUUUCUCUGAAGCCUGUAUUCAUAAAUCCUGUAUUAUUAAUGUUUAUAAUGUCUUAUAAAGCUCCAGUAUUAAGUUUAUAAAGUACUGCAGUGUUAUCUGCACAAAGUCUAAGCGGAUCCAUCUUUGUUAUUCAUUCACUGUUUGUUUUACCACCAUUUUAUACUGGUCAGGGUCACUGUGGGUCUGAUUCAUUCACAGAGCAAACACACACACACACACCUAGUAAGUAACUCCUAGAAUCCUAAAAUCCGGAAUCCUGGGGUUUGUUCCAGGCAUAGUAUUGCACAACUAGACUCUGGACCCACCAGUACCCAGAUCAGGAUGAAGUGCUUCAUAAAGAAUAAAUAGAGUUAAUAAAGUAUUUAGAAAGUACUGUGAAAUAUUGAGAAAUGAGGCUAAAAUCCUUAAUAAUAAAAAGCACAAGACACUGUCAUGACAGACGUCAUUUGUGUCGGUUCAUUUUCUUCUAAAAUAUUCUAAUAAACACUAAAUAUUUAGAAAUUAUUCUUUAAUACUUUUGCUGUUUGCAUUUUUUAUCCGUCUGAAUUAAACACACGAGACCAUAAAUGCACAUAAAUAAUAAAACAAGAGAAUUUCUAAGUUUGAAACCCUUGCAGAAAUGUUCCACCUACUGAAAAACGUCUAACUGAGCGGUAGCUCAGCGGUUAAGGUACUGGACAAGUAAUCAGGAGGUUGCUGGUUCAUUCCCCAUUACAGUUAUGCUGCUGUAUCCAGUCACAUUUAGCAUCCGCUAAAUGACACAAACGUAAAUGUACAUUUAGAUAAACAGUAUUUAAUAAUCUAACAGCACAACUAAAAAUCAAUAAGCAGGACGUGACUUUAGGGGCAGCGAUAGCGCAGUGGUUAAGGCACUGGACUAGUAAUCAGAAGGUUGUCGGUUCAAGCCCCACCACUGCCAAGUUGCCACUGUUGGGCCCCUGAGCAAGGCCCUUAACCCUCAAUUGCUAAAAAACGUGUUCAGUUAUAAUUGUAAGUCGCUUUGGAUAAAAGCGUCUGCUAAAUGCUGAAAAUGUAAAUGACAAGGCCAGAAUCUUUUUCUUAAAUAUACAGAAAAAGCAGUUGUUUUUUUGAGUCAUUGUAGAUAUUACGAAGGUUACACAUCAGCUCUACUGACUGGUAUUUGUCCGUAUUUAUUAUUCAGCACAGUUUUACGCCGGAUGCCCUUCCUUAUGCAACCCUCCUGUUUAUCUGGGCUUGGGACCUGCACUGAUGUGUCCCUCAAUGGCUAGGAUCAUGUCCCACCAUGCUUAUUUUGUGUUUGGUCAGCCCAGCCCGGGAUUCAAACCCCCGGAACUCCAUUACGCCACACGGUACCCUAGUGGGUAAGGGUUUGGACUGUUAACUGAAAGAUUAAGAGUUUGAAUCCAGGCUCUGCCAUGCAGCCACUGUUGGGCCCUUGAACAAGGUCCUUAACCCUCUCUGCUCCGGGGGCGCCGUACAAUAUCUGACCCUGCGCUCUGACCCCAGCUUCCAAACAAGUGAGGAUAUGCGAAUUUAGAGAAGAAAGAAUUUAGUUGUACUGUACACCUGUAUAUGUAUAUGUGACAAAUAAAGCCGUUCUUUAAUCUACUAUUUAUUUUCAUUUAUAAUUGUACCACCGUGAUAUUUAUUGGAUUGUAAUGAUGUAUUAUUUUCAUUUACUCAACUCAGAACUCAAAGAACACAUUUGCACAUUUAAAUAUCAAAAUAUCAAAAGUAAAUCACAUUUUCCUCAUUUUACCUGAAUGCAGGUUUCAUAGAAAUAACCACUUUUCAAUCCAGAUUAUUUACUUAAACCAGCUUUAUCACAAACUCAUCCUGUUUAUAUUUCACCCACAUCAGAUUGAGAUUUUUAUGGAUGUGUAUUUGUAUCUAAGCGCAUCAUGGUGUUCUGUAAAUAAUGCAUCUGUACGUAUGUGUAUGUAUAUAAGAGAAUAUGAAUUAUAUAAUGUAUGUAAUCUGUGAAGGUCUCAUAUCUGAGUUCUUAUUAGUAUACGUCUCUGUUUAGUUUAGCUAAUCUGAUCUGGCAGAAACUCCUUCAGUCCUUUUUCUUUCUCUUCUGUUUUUUUUUUAAAGAUCAAGACGUGGAGCCAAAAAAGGACUUAAAGUCCUAUUUAAAGUCGUCGUGCUAUUUUCUGUGUGAAAGUGUCCCAAACAAAGGUUCAGAUGAACAUCUCUAUCUAUCAUGUCACCGUGUGUUUGUUUGCAGGUAUAUAUUGUGUUGAAUAUAUAAACAAAUCUGUAUAUAUUCAUUUGGAUUUAUAUUACCGGUGUUUAGAUCAUUGUGAUUUAAGUGCGGAAGAGAACAAUGUCAUCAGAGCAGUAUUAAUUUAAUGACUUUUUUAGUAUUAUUUAUUUUGUGUAGGCUGUAUGGGCACAGUCCCUGCCAGCCACAGCGUACAUUGUUUAUACAUUUUUGUUGUUUUUGCUGCACUAAAUUCUUUAUACUCUUUAUCAUAAACCCUAUUCAAAUGGGAUGAAUUAAAGGUAAUGGGAUGAGCAAGAUUUCCUGCACCUUAUUAUUAAACCUUAUUAAUUUAAAUGUAUUUCCUGAUAAGCCCUGGUGUUUUGAAUAUAGAAAACUUAUUUGGAUUAUUUACAUGAUCUAGUGUUAACUGGUUAAAGGAUCAAUAAUUUAAAUUAGAACUAUUAUGAGCACUUUUCAGUCUUUAAACUCUUUCUUGUUCUUACACAGAGAUAGUUAUACUAUACAUUUAUACUAUAUUUAUCUAUCUAUAUUUACAUAUCAACAGGCCAGUGUGAUUAGUUUUCAUAUCAGCCAGGCAGGAGCUUCAUCUAAUACCACUGAUCUGUAAUUUGACGACCAAUCUAAAUCCCAUUUGAAUAGGGAUACAGAUGUGUGAAGUGCUGGUUAGAGUGUAAUCCAAUACUUUACCAUGGUAAAGCAUCACUGUGUGACCUUUCACAUGUACAUAAAAUACAUCUGAGAGGUAAAAGGUUUGUGGUGAGCAGUGUUGCCACUCCUUGGGAUUUUUCCCAAGAUUUUGGGAUUUGGGGGGUCGACUUGCUUUAUUUUUUGGGGAUUUUGACAAGUAAUCUUGGGAUUUUUUAACAAUCUGCCUGCAAUUUUAUGAUCUCCAGACAUAAAUAAGAAAUGGCAAAGCGUACAACUAUUAAAUAAUAACCUUUGGUCGUUGAUGGCCAUUUCUACAGCUAAUCAGAUUAGACAGGACACUCUUUGAACAUACGUUAUAUAAAUCUUCGGUUACUUGGAAUUUUUAGUACAAUCUUGGGAAUUCUUAAAAUAAAGAGUGGCAGCACUGGUGGUGAGAGAACGUUGUGUAGAUGUUGCUUAAUAAUCUCCACACAGUCUGUUCCAAUAAAGGUUCCAAUACGAGAGUGAA